CAUCUCGCUUGCCACCGAAACAUUGUCUAUUGAGCAGCACGCAGGGUUGCCCAUUGCAGUUAGGCCAAAGGGCCCCGCAAGUUUGGACCCUGAAAAGACGUCACCCGCCAAGAUAUGAUGGCAUAGCAUCGCCCGCCUUUGGUUCAAAAACACAAAACGUCGCUUGGGACAGGGCCCCAUCAGCGAAUUAUUUGAAUUCCUUCUGCACACCAACAUUCCGCACAGCGAAGAUAAUCAAGGGCUUUCACGUGUUCCUACACUUUUAAUUUACAGUCUCUCGUCCACCCUACAAGGUUGCACUCAGGAGCGUACCGCAAUACCAUCACGAUGACUUCAAGGCCAUCCUUCAUGCCGCCGACCGAAGGGUCUUUCCUGUCGUCGGGCAGUUUCACUCCGGCUGGCCUCACACCCAACACGCGUAACCAGGCUGAAGAAGUCCUUACCGCAAACAGCACCGCUCAGACCGACUCGGCAGCUCCCGACCCUCGUCUUCUCCCUCUGAUGGGCAGCGGUGGCGGCAACGAAACACCUAGCCAAAACGGCCCAACCGAGGCCCUAAGGGCAUACACAGGAUACCGCCGACCUGGUGUUGUUCGCGCCAGCUCUACCAACUACGAGAAUGCCCUCAAGAGGGCCCAGGAGGCGUCCGUGUCGUCUGACCUCUCGAUGGAUUCAGAGGUACCUGACAACAACGACGGCCAGACCGUCGCCUCACCUGCGUCCAUGUCUACACCUUUCCCAACUCCUGGUCAGGGUGUUGUUCCUCUUAACUACAACACGCCCGUUGGUCUUUCGCAAGGCGACUCGCAAAAGAAGUCACGAUCUCGAGGCCUCAGCCUAAGCGGUCUCGCACAACAACAAGGCUGGACAGAGCAGGAUUACAAGCGCAUCUACAGUGCCGAACUCAUGGCAGAGGAUCCAAAGAAUUCAGCUGGAUACGGCUCGGCGCCAAAGACUGAGACCGCCUAGUGUCUUGGGGUCUCCUAUACCACUACCCUACCUGGUACACGAGACAGAGGUGCAAAAAAGGAUCGCAUGAAAAAGAGCAGAUAUAGCGACCUAUUUGUCUUAACGGCGCUGCUAACUGGUUCACUACCAUAUUUAUUACGUGCAAGGCGUUAGGCGUAGUUUCAAACUAUGCGAAAAGGUCGCUGGCCGACAUGUGAUGCUAAAUAACAUAAUGUGAUAUCUGCC